AUGCAGCUAGAAAGUAAGAAUUUAAAUGAACUAACACCUCGGUUACUUUUUGAGGAGUCGAGAAUGAAUCAAGGUAGUUCGGUAGUUGAAUCUGUAGAAGAAAAUAAUGCUUUAACUGUUAGAAAGUUCCAGAAGAAAUUUUCUAAAAAGACAGGCAGUGAAAAAUUUGGUGAACGGAAAGUUGGGAAUCCAAAUGUGGGUACUAAAAAGAUAGGACCCUGUUCUUAUUGCAAAAAGGGCGGUCAUUUCAAAAGGGACUGCAGGAAGUAUAAAAAGGACCAAGACGAUGCCAAGGGAAAUUCGUCACAAUCAAGUGAAAUAGGACAAGCUUUUUACAGUGAACUGUUAUUCACAGAACAGGAAUCGGAUAACUGGUAUCUAGACUCUGGUGCUACUAAUCAUAUGACGGGACAUAAAAAUUGCCAGAAGCAACGGCCGUAG